AUGAAUAGAUUUGAAGACACAAUACCUGAAGCAUUUGGAUCCAACUUGAGAAGGCUCAGCUUGAAUGGAAACAAGAUUGGAGGAUCAUUACCAUUGUCUUUGCUCAACUGCUCUAAAUUGCAAGUCUUAGACGUUGGCAGUAACAAGUUAGAUGAUAUAUUUCCUCAGUGGUUGGAAAGUCUUGCAGAAUUGCAGCUUCUUGUUCUGCGCUCCAAUAAGUUUCAUGGUGAUGUCAGAGGUUCCAAUGCAAAUAAGAAUCUCUUCUCCAAGUUGAAAAUUUUUGAUCUGUCAAGGAACAAUUUCAAUGGUCCUCCAACUAGAUAUAUUGAAAAUUUCAAAGCCAUGAUGAAUGUCAGUGGAUCACAAAGUGAUGAGAAAUACUCGAGUCUUGAUGGUUCUUCGACCAUGAAGGGAUCAGAUAUUGAAAUGGUGAAAAUGUUCACACCAUUUGCAGCCAUUGAUUUAUCAUACAACAAGUUUGAAGGAGAGAUACCAAAGGUAAUUGGAGAGCUCAAAUCUCUCAGUAGCUUGAGUUUAUCUCAUAACAGUUUUACAGGUCAAAUCCCAGCAUCUACAGGUCAACUGACCGGUCUUGAAUGGUUGGAUCUUUCUUACAACCAUCUCAGUGGAGAGAUUCCUAUUGAACUGGAAAAUUUAACAUUUCUUUCAUACUUAGACCUUUCAUGGAAUAAUCUUACCGGACCUAUACCAAAACGCAGACAAUUUGGUACAUUUGGAAAUGAAUCAUAUGAAGGCAAUAUGGGUCUUUGUGGAUUUCCAUUGACAAACAGAUGCAGAGAUGAUGAGGGAUUAGAACCACCUCCACUGAUAAACUUCCAACAAGAAGCAAAGCGUGUCUUUCUCUUACUUUCUGUUUUUGGUUUCGUUUUGUUUUUCAUUUGUACUAUUUGA